GGCUGGGGCAGCCGAGGGGAGCGUCCGCACCCGGACUGGAAGGACCUUCCAGAAUGCCAGAGGAAAGUUCCCCAAGACGGACCCCUCAGAACGUUCCGUACCAGGACCUGCCCCACCUGGUCAACGCAGAUGGACAGUACCUCUUCUGCAGGUACUGGAAGCCCGUCGGCCCGCCCAAGGCCCUGGUCUUUGUGUCCCAUGGCGCCGGGGAGCACUGUGGCCGCUAUGAAGACCUGGCUCAGAUGCUGCUGAGGCUGGACCUGCUGGUGUUUGCCCAUGACCACGUGGGCCACGGACAGAGUGAGGGAGAGCGGAUGAUGGUGUCUGACUUCCAGGUCUUUGUCAGGGAUGUGCUGCAGCACGUGGACCUGGUGCAGAAGGACCACCCCCGGCUGCCCGUCUUCCUCCUGGGUCACUCCAUGGGCGGGGCCAUCGCCAUUCUCACCGCCGCCGAGAGGCCCAGCCACUUCUCCGGCAUGGUCCUCAUUUCACCUCUGGUGGUCGCCAGCCCCGAGUCAGCAACAACAUUCAAGAUUCUUGCCGCAAAAGUACUCAACCUGGUCAUGCCAAACAUGUCACUGGGGCCCAUCGACUCCAGCGUGAUCUCAAGGAACAAGACAGAGGUGGAGCUUUACAACUCAGACCCCCUGAUCUGCCGCGCAGGGCUGAAGGUGUGCUUUGGCAUCCAGCUGCUGAACGCUGUGUCGCGGGUGGAGCGCGCCCUGCCCAAGCUGACCGUGCCCUUCCUGCUGCUGCAGGGCUCUGCUGACCGGCUGUGCGACAGCAGGGGGGCCUACCAGCUCAUGGGCUCCGCCCGGAGCCUGGACAAGACGCUCAAGAUCUACGAGGGCGCCUACCACGUGCUGCACAAGGAGCUUCCCGAAGUCACCGACUCCGUCUUCCAGGAGAUCAACACGUGGGUCUCGCAGAGGACAGCCCAGGCAGGGGCAGGGUCCCCACCCUGAGGGCCGCGCGCCGCUCAUGGCCCUCACGCCCGGGCACACGGGAGAGGAGGGCAGAGCUGGCUUCUCAGACGUGGCUCGCAGAAAACCCCAAAGCCAAACCAAACCAAUUGGAGAAAUCCUUAGCACAAUUUACUUAAAAAGAAAAAGACGUCCUGGUCCUGCGUGAGGCAGGCUGCGGCCGGACCUGCUUACGGGUGGAGGCCU